GGUUGAUUUUCUUACCCAAUUUUCUAUGGCUGACCUCGAGAGACAAUACCAAAAAGCACUCCGACUCUUUUUACUCACACGGUAUGCGCAGGCCGCUGCCUCUUGUCUACAGGCAAUCGAGCUUCUACCAUUACCUCAGGAAUCUCUUAAUGGCACAAAAGUUUGGGCGCUUUACCUAACGAUCGGAACCACUCUCCUGAAUCGUCCCGAAGACCCUACCCCAAACACCCUUAGCACACUCGGGCUAACACAAUCUGUCUCUGAUAAACCUAUUUCCAAAAAAUCUGCUUGUUAUGGCUUGUGGACAAACUUGACAGACUGGUACCAAAACCUCAAUUUAGUGGAUCCAUCUCUUGUCACUUCUGCAAUGGUGAUGUCUCUCAAGCUUAAUGUUCCUGCCGUUGGUAGACAGGUAGUUGAGGAAUGGUACUCCAGUCUCUCAGAAGCAACUGUGGAUCAUUUGUCGGUUGCAGGAGAAGAUGAUGGCGUGAUGAAACUAUACAGAGAGACAGUAGAUCUGUAUGUGUGUCGUGUCUUGCCUGCACUGAAUGAUUAUGAUUCUGCAAGGUCAUUUCUUGAGUAUAAUUCAUUCUUAUCUCCCAGUGCAAAGACAACUCUAGAAAAAAGUAUUACUGCACAUCAAGAGGCAGCUAAACGGCAGGAGGAACAAAAGGCUGCUCAGAAAGAGAAAGAGAAGGAGCGGGAAAGAAGGGAACUAGAGAAGAAAGAACAGCAGCAACAGUCAAAAAAGGCUACCGAGGCUACUUCAUCAAGAGCCUUACAAGACAAAUCUCCUCGGACAUUGGCUGACUCUAGUCUGGCUACAUCCAUCAGGACUUGGCUUCUUCCCCUUACCCAAAACUCAAACUAUGGUGUAUUAUUUGUAUUGUUUAUUCUAUUUGGUCUACUGCGUUAUUACCGUAGCCAACUCUCGCCUGCUUUUAAAGGAUUGAUGGCGAAAUUAUGGCAAACAGUACAAAUGGGUACCAAAGUCACUUAUAUGUAAUCAUAAAUACUAAAAAUCAAAUAUAAAAUAAUAUAAAAUAAUAAUAAUAAAUAAUUCAAAAUAGUAAGCAUG